AGUAAGCUGAUAAUGACUGUAAUAAACGCUUCUAGUGUUUUAUAUGUCUUACAGAUAUACAGCUAUAUCAUUAAUUAACAAAUACAUUUUCCUUGUAGGACGCGCUGGUCUGUGUCUGGGUCUUACAUCUAGCUCAGUAGGACUCCAACACCGGGUGGUGAACUCGGCCAAGGCUGCCUCCUAUCCUUCCUACACUUCUUCCGCUUCUGCGUCAUCCUCUGCUUCCUCAAAGAGCCGUAGCCGGGAUAGAAUAGGCUCCCUCAGUAUCGUCCACGAGGUGGCCAAGGAUAGCACUCACCUGACACUCUACGGUAUAGAGGUGCCCGUAUAUAAGUUCAGAGGGGAGGAUGCAGAGCUACAGUGUAUGUAUGACCGGGGUACUGAGCCGCUCUACUCCGUCAAGUGGUACAAAGACGAUAGAGAGUUUUACAGGUUGGUGCUUCUCAUGUUUGUAAUCCGGAGGUCCAACGAGAGGAAAGUUCUGCUUAAGAAUCUCACCUUCAACUCCACUGGUGUGUAUAAGUGUGAAGUGUCUGCCGACUCUCCUCAUUUCCAUACUUACGAAAACCAGAGCGUCAUGGUAGUAGUAGAGCUGUCAGAGAAGGACCCGAGCAUCCACGGGUCCAAAACUUACUAUUGUGUGGGAGACACUGCCAGACUUAACUGUACUUCAUCCAGGAGUAAACCUGCAGCACAGCUUACCUGGUUCAUCAAUGAUGAGAAGGAAGGAACUUGUCAAUAUCGUGAUCAGACACAGAGCAUAGUCUUCGUAUCUGAACCACUUGACUUUACUAAAGAGGAUAUCUUGAAGGAUUCUAGUUUCAUUGAAUUCUGGUAUUCAGAUGUUCGGAGAGCACUGAAAGAGGCACUGAUCAGAGCUGGUGUUGACGAGAAGGCUACAGUUGUUGUGGUGGGGGACGCAGUACUUCAGCACCCAACUGUCCUACACAUGCUCAACACCUUAAUACUUACUGGCGAUGUUCCUAACUUACUGCCCCCGGAAGAUUAUAGUUAUCUCAUGGAGUGUCUGGUAAAUAUUGAUAAUGAUAAUUAUCUAUUUUUCUCCAAAGAUGCUACUAAUUCAACCCCUCAUGAAAGACUCCUCAACUAUUCACGCGUUCCUCUACUACGGAGCCUCCGUGCCCACAUGGUUUAUGUCAUCCUGUACCCUUCUCCUGAAGAGUUCCCCGUAGGAUGA